AUGGUCAUCUAUGAGGAUGAUGAUGAGGAGGACAAUGAGAAUGACCUUGGAGGAUAUCAGGAGCCAAGUUCCCAGAAGAUCAAGCCCAAGACUGCUGCCACCUCUGCUGGUCUGAGGUCCAAAGUCUCUGCUAAACCUGUCUCCAAAGCUCCAAACCCUGAGUCUUAUGGUCAGGUCUUGAAAGCAUCUAGAUGUACCUCUGAAGACAAGAACAUUGAGGUCGAAGCUGCUGAGGAUCCAGCUAAGCUCCCACCUGUUGAGGCCAUUCUUGAGUGUUCUGGAGCAUCUACAGCUCCUUCUCGUCGCCCCAAGCCUAGGAUGAUAAGUCGUACAAAUGAUGAUUCAUCUGAUUCUGGGAUGGAUGUUGAUCAUCAGGAGGGGGUUCAGGAAAAGCGGAAGAAGAAAGCUAAAGCCCCAGCUAAGCCAGUGGACAAAGGAAAGGGACUAGCUGUGCCCAAGUCCAAGUCCAAGUUCAAGCCUAGGCCUGAGCCUAUCAUUUCUCAAGCAGUUGCCAAUAUUCUGCCAAUGGGGUCUUCACGUGCAGUUGGAGGCUUUAGCCGAGGAAAUGCACUGGAUAUGGGUGGUUCAUCUGGCCUGGCUCAAACUGAUGUACUCGCUGUCACUGCACCCCCUCGUCCUGGCAUCAUCUAUGUCUACCACCAGCGGGACACUCCCCAGCCCCAGAGUAUCAAGGACAUCUCUCCCUCUUGGUUCAUCAAGGUCAAUUUAAACCUGACACUAGGCAAGAUCCUGGAGAAGGUUCGAGACCGUGAUGAACACAUUCAAAAUGAUCGUGUGUUUAUCUGGGAUGAUAAAUAUGGUUGGGAGGCUUAUGGCCCAUUCAAGCAGGCUAUUAUCAGCACUGACAUCAUUGAACCGAGGGAGCUAGAGGAGGGUGGACUUGGGAUUAGUCUGCUAGCGGCUCUUGACAUGUCAAUCAACCAUCUUGAUCUUCUUGGUCGAGGCAGUACAUCACGUAGCCCCUCGGUUUCAAGCUCGAUUGCUGGUAAUGUCUCUCGUCCUUCUAGCCCUCUGGCAUCUAGUUUCUCUGUCUAUGAGGAGGAGCUCAUCAACAAGUUGGAGGUUGAUCGGGCUCUCCUUCGGAGUGAAAAGAAGGGUUCUCCAAGUGACUUUGACUUGCGCAAAGCAUGGAGAAUUUUCAACUUUGUCGAGUCAUCAGCAUUGAGAGUCAAGGAGUUGGAACUCUCUAAGAGACCCACCCAGAAGGAUCUUCAGGAUCUUUGUGUUCAAAAGACGCAGUACAACUCUUAUCAGAAGGUUUUCAGAACGGUCGCAAAGUCCUUUGAGGAGAUGAAGGAUUGGUUGGAUGAGGAAGGUGCAGAUGCAGAAGAGAAUGAGCGAGUCUGGGCGGUGCUCGAUGGCAGCCUGCUCGCUAUCUACAAACACGUACGCUACACAGCCUGGUUACUAAGUUAA